CGUCGCCGUCAGCAGUUCUCUUCUCACUGCCUCGGCGAAGUGAUUGUCGCGCGCUUAGCCGCAGAAAGAAGGAGAAGCGGAGAAACCAGUUACACCGGGCGACUUAUUCAGUCACAGAUCCAGAGAGAGAGAGAGAGAGAGAGAGAGAGGAAGAGAGGUUAUGAAACCCUAGAUUCGUUCCGUGGUUUUGAAAAAUGGUGGGAACGUCACUGGCUGGAGUGCAAGAUCACUUGAAAUUAGCAAGGGAGUACGCUCUUGAAGGCCUCUACGACACUGCCAUUAUUUUCUUCGAUGGCGCCAUUGCGCAGAUCAACAAGCACCUUAACACACUUGAUGACCCCUUAGUUCGUACGAAAUGGAUGAAUGUCAAGAAGGCCAUUUCAGAGGAGGCAGAAGUUGUGAAGCAGUUAGAUGUUGAAAGAAAAUCAUUUAAGGAAGCUCCUGCCACACGCCGUCCUGCCUCCCCACCAAUCAAUACUAAAUCAUCAUUUGUCUUCCAACCUUUAGAUGAGUAUCCAACCUCUUCUGGUGCUUCUAUGGAUGAUCCUGAUGUGUGGAGGCCACCAAGUCGGGACAAUUCAACUAGGAGACCAGGAAGGGCUGGCCAAGUGGGGAUGAGGAAAUCACCUCAAGAUGGAGCUUGGGCACGUGGUGCUUCAACUAGAACAGGACCAGCUGGCCGUGGUGGAAAGAUUACAGCUUCAAGCAAGGUGAAUACCGGUGUCCGCGCAUCAACUGCUGGAAAGAAGACCACUGCAGCAGCUGGAAAGUCUGGCAAGGCAGAUUCAGUUAUUGAGGAUGUUGAAGAUGGAAAAUCUAAGAAGGCCCAAUACGAAGGACCAGAUGGAGACUUGGCUGCAAUGCUUGAAAGAGAUGUCUUAGAAACAACCCCUGGGGUGAGAUGGGAUGAUGUUGCUGGACUGAGUGAAGCAAAAAGACUUCUGGAAGAAGCUGUGGUCCUUCCUUUAUGGAUGCCUGAAUAUUUCCAGGGCAUUAGAAGACCAUGGAAAGGUGUCCUUAUGUUUGGUCCUCCUGGUACGGGAAAGACUCUACUCGCCAAAGCUGUCGCUACUGAGUGUGGUACAACAUUUUUUAAUGUUUCAUCUGCCACCUUGGCUUCUAAAUGGCGCGGUGAGAGUGAGCGUAUGGUUCGAUGCUUGUUUGACCUUGCACGUGCAUAUGCACCAAGCACCAUCUUUAUUGAUGAGAUUGAUUCUUUGUGCAAUUCCAGAGGUGCUUCAGGGGAACACGAGUCAUCAAGAAGAGUCAAGUCUGAACUUCUAGUUCAAGUUGAUGGUGUAAGCAACAGUGCCACUAAUGAAGAUGGAACCAGGAAAUUAGUGAUGGUCCUGGCAGCUACUAAUUUUCCAUGGGACAUCGACGAAGCUCUGAGGCGGAGAUUGGAAAAGCGUAUUUAUAUUCCACUUCCAAAUUUUGAAAGUCGCAGGGAGCUUAUUAAGAUAAACUUAAAAACCGUGGAGGUUUCUGUCGAUGUAGAUAUCGAUGAUGUGGCUCGGCGGACAGAGGGGUACAGUGGAGAUGAUCUUACAAAUGUGUGCAGGGAUGCUUCUCUGAAUGGGAUGAGGCGCAAGAUAGCUGGAAAGACACGAGAUGAGAUCAAGAACAUGUCCAAGGACGAGAUUUCCAAUGAUCCGGUGGCCAUGUGUGAUUUUGAGGAGGCCAUUAAGAAGGUUCAACCUAGCGUUUCCCAAGCCGAUAUAGAAAGGCAUGAGAAAUGGUUUGCUGAAUUUGGCUCGGCAUAAUGGAGGAGCUACGGUAAGGAACUGGUUUGAUUUGCAGAUCAUAGCCGUCGUAUAUGUGUACCCUAUUAUCUUCCUCUAAUUUUGUGGUCUGGUCUUACUCGUUUAUUGUAAUUCUAUUGUGUAAUCUUUUCUGUUCGUCCAUAGUUGUGCUAUUCCUCACUGCGUAAACUCACUUCCCUGCAAAUGUAAUUCAGUUGCUUAUAGGAACGGCCUCUGAAUCGUGAACUUCUGGACCUGAUAGAGUGAACUACGAUUUCAAGGUAGUAAAGAAACUGGUUUUGUUUCACAAUAAUGUUUUACCCUUGUUUUAUUUUCCUUCUACUUUCAGGUGGAAGUAAGCUAUGGCGUAAAUUCUAGGCAAAACACCACUUGGUGAUCAAAUCGCCGACUUUCGUGAAAAGUGAUCAGAUGGUUUUCGAAAUAUUA